AUGGAUGAAAAUUAUACUGUAGUUAGAGAGUUUGUUCUGUUAGGAUUGUCCCAAACCCACAAAGUCCAAUCAGUUCUCUUCUUCUUCUUCCUGCUUUUCUACAUGAUAAUUCUCCCAGGCAACAUCCUUACCAUUCUCACAAUUCAGGGGGAUUCCCAACUGGGAUCACCCAUGUAUUUUUUCCUGGCAAAUUUGGCAUUCUUGGAUAUCUGCUACUGUUCUGUGACCCCACCCAAAAUGCUGGCUGACUUUUUCUCAAACCCUGCGACCAUUUCCUACAAUGCCUGCAUGAUCCAGCUUUUGUUUCUUCACUCCCUGGGAGCAGCAGAAGCUUUCCUGCUCUUGGCCAUGGCCUAUGACCGUUAUGUUGCCAUUUGCAAACCUCUUCACUACACUGUGCUUGUGAACAGGACUGUAUGCUGUGUCCUGGUUGGAGCUUCGUGGGGCAGUGGCUUCAUUCAUGGCAUCAUCCUAUUUGCUCUGACCAUCAAGCUCCCCUUCUGUGGCCCCAACAUCCUGGACAACUUCUUCUGUGAUGUCCGUCAGCUGGCUAAGUUGGCCUGUGCUAACACUUACACAGUGGAACUUUUGAUGUUCCUCAACAAUGGAGUUGUCAUUGUCUUGUGCUUUGCACUUCUCCUAAUCUCCUACACGUUCCUAUUGCUGAAGCUCUGGACACAGUCCACCAAGGCAAAGAACAGAAUAAUCUCCAGCUGUGUUUCCCACAUCAUUGUGGUUUUUGUCAUGUGUGGCCCAGCUAUCUACAUCUAUGUCUUACCCUUUCAGACUGUCCCAAUGGAAAAGGUUGUUGCUCUUUUCCAUACGGUCAUCUUCCCCUUGACUAAUUCCAUGAUCUACACCCUGUGUAACAAGGAGAUCAAAAGUUCAAUGUGGAAGUUGGUCAGCAAACACAUACUUUGGUGCAGACUUUAA